AUGGCAUUUCACAUGGUCUGGCUAAAUCUGAUUGUUCUAGAUGUUUCUGGGUCCUUCCCAAAAGGAGGUGUUGAUAUUUUAACAGACCAUCCUUGUGCUGUCUCUUCUGGUGCGAAUUUUGCUUACCCGAAGCGUAGGCCUUGCUGCUGUCUGAGAGCGAUCGUGCUUUCUCCCAAGCUGUAUGACCGUGCUGUCUCUUCUGGUGUGAAUGCCUUCACUGACCCGAUGCAUAGGCCCUGCUUUCUGAGAGGUUUGGAUCCCACCAUUAUCGGAGUCAGGUCGAACAACGGUGCACCUCGGGUCGGGAUUUUCCAGCACUCUAACCCCAAAUUGGGCGAACAGAUGCUGUACUUCAUCCUGUCAUCUCUCCGCGGCCCAGUGGUGCAAGGGAUUAUUAGUGAACUGGAAUCACAAGGGGCACUGCCUAGAAGUAAUUCAAGUGUUUCGUCCCUUGCAACUUGCUGCGGUCCGAGGUUUAUCGAACUAUUAUGGCAACUUUCCCUGCAUGCUCUGAGGGAAGUGCAUAGGCGAACAUUUGCGGCUGAUGUAGCAUCAAAUCCACUGCCUGCACCAUUAACUGAUGUCGCCUUUUCACAUGCAGUUACACUACUUCCUGUAACCAAGGCUAGAAUAGCUCUUGAAAGAAGAAGAUUUCUGAAAAAUGCAGAGACUGCAGUUCAAAGACAGGCAAUGUGGUCUGAUUUGGCUCAUGAAAUGACGGCAGAGUUUCGUGGUAGAUAUCUUACUAUGGUCCCUUUUGAGCAUAAUGCUGAUAUAUGCAGUGCGUAUCUCCAGCAAGAGCUUGAAAAACUACACGAGUUGAGAAACAAAGUGAAACUGGAGGUGAAACUGGAGGGCGAGCUCUGGGAUGAGCUUGUAUCUAGCUCAAGCCAGAAUUCACACAUAGUUCAAAGAGCAACUCCUGUUAUGAAGGUUAGAUCAAGCUCACCGGCCCAGGCGCAGAGCAAUGGGAGGGCAUUGCAUGAAUGA